AUGGGACGCAAGCCCAAUCAGCUCAUCCUCGAGUUCUUUAUUCGAGGGCCCAAGCUCGAGGACUCCAGCAACCGCUACCAGCACACCUGCAAGGCCUGUGGCGAGAAGUUUCCUAAGGGUCGCAUCGACAGUCUCACAAACCACCUGGUCAAGAAAUGCCAGGCCAUCCCGCUCCGUGAUCGCCAGCGCGUGCUCCUGCGCCUCCAUGAACUCCCCGACCUCACCGAAGGCGACGCAAAGGAUCCGAGUGCGUCCGGAGGCAAGAAGGGCGAUGGCUCGUUCGGGAACCGCCCGAAUUUCGAUGGCUUGAAUGUGCUCGCAGAGGCGUCCCGCCAAGUUGGGGCCUCGGAUCAGACCAAGCGAGGUCCUGCAUAUACUCAGUCUGUGACAGCUGGUGGAAAAACUGUCGUGGUUGACCCGGCACUGGAGGCCGAGUUCACCGUUCAAGGGUCUCAGGAUGACAAGCAAGAGGAUAAUGCACCGGGAACCUCUCAGCCUUCUGGAACUCCCACCAUUCCUGCUCUCCCUAGCCAUACAUCCGACCACCAUAACUCAAUGUCUCCUCCACUUGGCGACCACUCUCUGACACCCGAGUCAACCUCCAAUGCGCGCCAAUCACAGCUGUCGAUGAUUGCUGCCUCGGCCAACGAGAUGGUACCACAGGGUCUGACAAUGGACGAUGAUGGCUUGAAGAUGAACCAGUGGAACCAGCAGCUCACGACCCAUGAGCAGCUUCUGUUCGACAGUUUGCAAGAGCAUGAUCCGUCUCUGACAGCAGCAACCCAGCGGGCUGCGUCUUACCCGCGACCCAUAGCGAUGAACCCCAACACCCAGGCCAAGGGAUUUGUCAACGAAUUUGGCAACUCGACCAAGCCUGCUAAGCCCAAGGUGCGCGGCCGCUUCACUGCGGAGCGACGUCGCGAGGUCCAGGAAGUGCGAAAGCGUGGAGCGUGUAUCCGUUGCCGCAUGUUGAAAAAGCCGUGCUCCGGCGAUACCCCUUGUACCACUUGCGCCAGCGUUGAGAGCGCUCGUCUUUGGAAGCAUCCUUGCAUUCGCACGCGUCUGUCGGAGGAGUUUGAACUCUACAAUGCCAAAGAUCUGCAUGCUACCCUUGCCUACCAUGACACCAGCGCCAUCAAGAAUCAGAUCAAGUUUGAACACUACGCUGGGCGCAUUGAGGUGACCCAUAUCGAGGAGAGCAUGGUCUAUGUUACCAUCAGUGGACUCCAGGGCCACCGUGCCUCUGUUUCGGCCCUCGACCCGCAGCUCCAAGGUCUGGGCGACGAUCAGUUCUCCGCGCCUCCCCAGGAAAUCUACCUCUUAGACAGCGAUGCCGAUGACAUCCCAAGCAAGCUGGAGAUGUACAUCAAGAAGACAGCUCCCUUCUUCUUCGAGCGCGAGGAAUCCAACUUCAUGAAGUCCACCCUAAUGCUGGCGUCUGAACUCAGCCAGACCAAGAAGGACACCCUGCUUGACCGUGCCGUGGAUCUGUGGGUCGCUACUCACAUCCUGGUCGACAACGAAAUUUCCUGGAAGACUUUCUGCAACCCUACUCUUCCCCCUACUUCCAUGCACUCCCUGUCCCAGCCCUCGGAUGAAGGCCGCCUCCCGAUUGAAGAUGUCUCGGACCCCGAAUCCUACGCCUUGCUGUGCAGUCAGCUGCGCGCCGCCAUGGAAAAGCGUGCCAUGCAGUUGAGCAAGUCCGUCAUCAAUGAUCUAGAGCGCCGCCUGCUUCAGCGCCAGAAGACUGGCUGGUUCGAGACCUUCCUCGUUGCCGUCGUCCUCUUGAAUUGUGUUGAGCGUACCUGCUGGCUCUUCCGCUCGUGGGAUAACGAAAACUUUGCGCAGCGUUGGCCCUUGGACAAGCGUCCUCCUUACUACUUUAACCAGUCUGAGCGCUUUGCCGACAUCCUGCACAUGCUCCUCCGCAUGCGCAGCCUCCCACCCAAGACCACCAUCCGCCCAGACAGCGGCACCCUCAAGGCCAUAGAAGGUAGUGACGAGAAUGCUGUGCGCUGGUUCGACAUGAUCCAGAUUACUCCCUACUACCUUGAGGAGCGUGCCAACGCCAUGUUCGAUCCACAAAACUCGCGCUCUCUCGAUCUUCGUCACUGUGCCGGCUUGCUCCUGCCUAGCAACGCCUAA